AUGGUGAGGCUAACGGCUGAUUUGAUUUUGAAAAGCCCUCACUUUUUCAAUGCCAUUGCCGAGCGCGAAUUAGAUCUUCGAGGUUCGUUUGCUCUAUAUUCACGCGAACACGUUUGUGUGUGUGUGCGCGCGCGCGUAUAUAAAUACAUAGUUGGCAAUAAGAUUCCAGUUAUAGAGAACGUGGGUGCGACCGAGGAUCAGUUUGACACCAUUGAUUUGUCUGAAAAUGAGAUAGUAAAGCUUGAGAACUUUCCCUAUCUAAAUCGGCUUGGCACUUUGUUGCUAAACAACAACAGAAUUACCCGUAUCAAUCCCAACAUUGGAGAGUUUUUGCCAAAACUGCACACUCUUGUUCUUACUAGUAAUAGACUCACAAAUUUGGUUGAAAUUGAUCCACUUGCAUCACUUCUGAAGCUUCAGUUCCUUAGCCUGCUGGAUAAUAAUAUCACAAAGAAACCCAAUUAUCGCUUGUAUGUCAUCCACAAGUUGAAGUCUCUGCGCUUGCUAGAUUUCCGAAAAGUGAAACAAAAGUACCUGCAUUACCAAAAUGCCGCCACCCCCUUCCCAGUUGUGAUUGCAUCCAUCACUUCUGAACUACUGCAGUGA